UAAUCUUGGUUUCUCCGCCAAGCAUCUUCCGAGUGGAAUCGGUUUGGGAUCUAUCGUCGAGGGCGUCGAAAUAAGUCGAGGAAGGGAGAAGGUUCGGUAGACGACGGCAAUGGCGGCGGCGGCGUCAUCUCUGGCAUCACAGUUCAUGGGGCUUCGACGCGAGGCACCCCCUUCCACCGAGCUCUUCGUCCAGACUGUCCAGUUCAAGCUCCGCCACUCCUCCACCCGCUGCCCUAACGGACGAGUCAUUGCCAUGGCCGGCACCGGAAAGUUUUUCGUUGGGGGGAAUUGGAAAUGUAACGGGACAAUGGAUUCUGUUACCAAACUUGUUGCUGAUCUGAAUGAUGCCAAGUUGGAAAAUGAUGUAGAUGUUGUUGUAGCACCUCCAUAUAUCUAUCUCGAUAAGGUCAAGCAAUCAUUGACUGAUCUCAUUGAAAUAUCUGCUCAGAAUUCUUGGGUUGGGAAAGGUGGAGCCUUUACUGGUGAAAUCAGUGCAGAGCAAUUGAUAGAUUUAGGGUGCAAGUGGGUUAUUCUAGGUCAUUCUGAGCGCAGGCAUAUUAUUGGGGAGGAUGACCAGUUUAUUGGAAAGAAAGCUGCAUAUGCAUUGAGUCAAAAUCUUAAGGUGAUUGCUUGUAUAGGAGAGAAGCUUGAAGAGAGAGAAGCUGGAAAGACAUUUGAUGUCUGUUUCCAGCAACUGAAAGCUUUUGCAGAUAGCAUUUCGGAUUGGACUAAUGUUGUUAUUGCUUAUGAGCCUGUAUGGGCUAUUGGCACUGGGAAAGUAGCCACACCCCAGCAAGCUCAAGAAGUACAUGCAGCUGUACGUGAUUGGCUCAAGAAGCAUGUCUCAGCUGAGGUUGCUUCUUUCACACGAAUCAUCUAUGGAGGUUCUGUGAACGGAAGCAAUUGUGCAGAGCUUGCUAAACAAGAAGACAUCGAUGGAUUUCUUGUUGGAGGUGCCUCUCUUAAGGGUCCAGAGUUCGCCACCAUUGUCAACUCAGUGACUUCAAAAAAAGUUGCUGCCUGACAAUUUCUCUUUAAAGUUUGAAGAACCAAUCUCCAAAUCUAGGAGGCAGCUUGACCGAGAUACUCAGUAUUUUGUGUCGAUCCAUGUCUUGUUCGAUGACACCAGGCUUCCCCGAAUUUCUGCCGAUGUUCAUAUUUCAGCAGACUUCUAUGAAUAAAUGGAGUUCUAGUUCCGAUUAAAGUCCAUUUUGUUCUGUUGUUUAUUUUCUCUCGUGCUUGAGGAAAAGAAGAGAGUUGACUUGGCUGUUCAAACAUUGGAGAGCCUCAAAUGGAUUGUAUGAACUGUAUUUUUUUUUUUUGUCAUAUCCAAUUGAGUGGAUGUUCUGUAACCCUAUAACUGUUGUAAGAGUUGAUAAAAGGUGUUUUACGUAUAAAAAUCCACUUGGAACUCCAAACCA